AUGACUUUCAAGCGCUUUGUGGAGGUCGGCCGGGUGUGCCUGAUCACGUAUGGUCCGAACGAGGGCAAGCUCUGCACGAUCAUCAACAUGAUCGAUCAGGGCCACGUCCUCGUCGACGGCACCGGCGCUGGUGAGGCUGGCUGCACCCGCAUGGGCAUCUCCGUGAAGCGGCUCAUGCUCACGGACCUGACUGUGUCCAUC